GCGGCUAAAUUAGCUCCUUACUGUAGUGUUAAGGUCAAAGUAUUCCUUGGAAAGUGCUCUGAGACUAAUUUCUGAUAAUGCUGAAACCUGCGGAGGAUGAAAGGUUAACGUUUUUGCAAAGUAUUUUCUGUGGAGGAAUUGCUGGCGUUCUUUCAAGAACUAUGACCUCUCCGCUCGAAGUUGUGAAAGUGUUAUCACAAGUUGGAACCCCAGAAACUCGUUAUGGUUUUUUGAGAGCUUUCAACAGGAUUUAUCGCAAUGAGGGUUUAAAGGCCUUCUGGAAAGGAAAUGGUAUCUCUUGUCUACGGCUGGUUCCUUACAGUGCAAUACAAAUGGCUGCCUUCCACAACUUGAUAGCAGUUUUAGAAGACGCACACAUGCCAAGUAAUCUAAGUGCUAAAAGUUGGAUGGUAGCUGGCUCAGGAAGCACCCUAAUUGCAGCACUUUUGGUGUACCCAGCUGACAUGCUCAAGACUCGACUUAUCAUCCAGAAUGUGAAUCCUUCUUCGUCAAACUAUUGUGGAAUCAUGCAUGGUUUUCGAAAAAUCUGGAAAACAGAAGGAUUUAUGGCAUUGUACAAAGGAUUAUUUCCAACAUUUCUUGGUGUGAUUCCUUUUGCUGGAGGUUCAUUUUUAGCAUAUGAAAUUCUGGACAGUUCAAUUCCCACGCCUCCUGGUGAUAUGACCCCAAUGUACAUGUUUUUCAGCGGAUGUCUGGUUGCUGCUGUUGCUAAGACAUUAUCAUUUCCCUUUGACACGAUUCGAAAGAAAAUGCAGGCUCAAAGCAGAAUUCUCCCAAAUAAUGGUGGUGUUGAUGUUCAAUUUAAAGGAAUGACUGGUGCAUUUGUUCAGACAGUGAAAGUGAAUGGAAUCACUGGUUUGUGGAGAGGUCUAUCAGCUAACCUGCUGAAGAUUGCUCCAAAUGCUGGGAUUAUGUUUUUAUCAUUUGAAUACAGUAAAAGAAUAUUCCUCUUCUACAAUGGAUUCACAGAGUCACCAUUUUCUCAUGUUCCAAAAGUUUACGUUGAUCAGAGUAUGUCGCCAAAGGAAUUGCGUCAUCAUGCUUUGAAGAAGAAAGGGCACAACAGAUGACACAGGACACUAACCAAAUGCUCCAGAGUGGCUAGCCUGUGGUAGACAGUAGUGUUUAAGAAGAAUUUCUGUACAGCUUAAAUUCUUAAAUUGAAGUUUAGAAAGAAAUUGAUCCCAAAAUAACUUUUGAUUUUAUGGUGAUAUCAGAGAAAUAUAUCUUUCAUAGAAUGCUCAGUUGUUAAAUUACAAAUUAAAUUUAUUUAUUUAGUACAAUUUUGCCUUAUGUCAACCAAACAAUAUUGGCAAGGUGGAUAAAUGUUUUAUCUCCUUAAAUUAUGCUACUAAAGAACUGAUUUGUUGGUUAUAUACGGUUAUGACUAGGAAAAAGGUCCCUUCAACCCCUAAUAUGGUUGUCUAGUCUUACCAGAGAAGCAUCUGUCUUAGAAUGUUCAGUUCAUCAAACUGCAAACUGAUGUUAGGGUAUAGAGGAUUGAGUCAGUGCUUCUCCCAGUUUGGAAAAAUUAGGUCACAGCUUAAUUAAAGAAAAAAAGUUAUGUCUCGUCACAAGCUUAGGGGCAAGGGGUUUCCUUUAGUCAGAAGACAAUUUGCACACAGGUAGGGCAUAAUCUACAAUACAAUUGCAGGGUUCAUUAGUUUAUUUCUGUGUAUUUACACCACUUUAACAUACUGAAUCUAGUACAUGAAGCACAGCCCAGAAUAUCUUACCAAUCUAGGCCUCAUUUCUAACAUGACACAAAACGUGAUUAAUUAAAAAGCCAUACUAUACAAAUCUCAUUAAUGCUUAAAUACUGAAAAGUUUACAUUUACCAUUGCCUACACCAUAUUACGUUGCUUUUGUUAGCAGAAACAAUUCUCCCCAUCAACUGUUCAAAGUCCAGUUGAAAAUUUUCUGCCUUUUCUUAACAUGCUUUUGUUGAAAAUUAAAAAAACAAAACAAAACACACACAAACAAA